CCUGCUGUGCUCUCAGGCCUGGCUGAAUGAGAAGUUUGCCCCGGAGCUACUGGAGAGCAAGUCUGAAAUCGUGGAAUGUGUCAUGGAGCAGCUGGACCACAUGGAGUCAAAUCUGAAACGAGCCAAGCACGGAGAUCUGAAGGUCAGCAUCCACCGCAUGGAGAUUGAGAGAAUCCGCUAUGUCCUCAGCAGUUACUUGCGCUGCAGGCUUGCAAAGAUCGAGAAGUUUUUUCCCCAUAUCCUGGAGAAGGAGAAGUCCCGAGCAGAAGGAGAGCCUUCCAUUCUCUCUCCAGAGGAGUUUGCCUUUGCUAAAGAGUACAUGGCGAACACAGAAACCUACCUGAAAAACAUGGCCCUGAAACACAUGCCUCCCAACCUGCAGAAGGUUGAUCUCCUGAGACUGGUUCCCAAACCCAACCUGGAUGCCUUCGUAUUCCUGAGGGUGCAGGAGAGGCAAGAAAACAUCUUGGUGGAGCCAGAGACAGAUGAGCAGAGGGAAUAUGUGAUCGACCUGGAGGAGGGCUCGCAGCAUCUGAUCCGAUACAAAACCAUCGCCCCGCUGGUGGCCUCUGGAGCAGUUCAGCUCAUUUAAAACGUCACAAGACUUAAAGGGGGCAGGGAAGGCCAGGGCCACCUGAGAGCACUGCCCUGCCGGUCGGCGUGUGGACGCACAACGGCUGUGGACAGUUACGAAUGCCCAUCCUGCCCCCCCGCCUGGGCCCAGCAGCUCCAUGUUCCUGUGUGCAUGUAGCCUGGGGAUAGAAAGGCACAGAGCCAGAGAGAGGUGCCAUCAGCGAGGGCCCCUGUCUGGGGCAUGCGGAUGCUGCUG